AUGGCUAGUGUCUCGGAUGAUGACCUUUGGAUCCUAGACAACGAAGAGGAGGUCGAAUUGCGCAGAAACGAAGAUAGCGACGCCGAUAGCGAUGUGGCCGAAGUGUCUUCUGAAGACUACUACGAGUCUAUCAUGGCCAGCACUUCCAACACCCAAGAACCGAGCCAGAGCAGCCAGAGUCCCACAAGAUCCACUCCAGCAAGAUUGAACUCCAUAGCUCCUCCGUUUGUUUACGAAGAUUCAUGCACCUUAUGGGACUCGGUGAUCCUGAAGGUGGGGCAAACUGUGGAGCUGCAAGACGAAGUCGAGAGAAACUCUACGACACUGCACAGCGGAGACUUUCUGCGAAUUCAUCAGAUCAUCCACAACCUGGAAACCGACGAGACAUUCCUGCGCGGUCUGAGGUUCCGCCGGACCAAGUACUUUCAUGGUUUGUUUCCUCACACGCGCAACGAAGUGGCUAUGGUGGUGGACGUCGACGUGAAUGAUAACCGCACAUUGGACGUGCAAGGUCUCGAGGACAUCCCUCUCGAGGACGUGCUUAGGGUCCGUGAGCUUGUCAUUACCACAGAGGAUGUUCGCAAGACCCUUUUCAGGCCUGUCAUGGAGAGGUGCAGAGGACAAAGUGAAGCACAGACGAUCUCUACGAUAUUUAACGAGGCGCCCCUAGUGUGCCGCUGGAUUCACACGUCAGUCUAUCCUAGUGCUGCCGACAGAGAUUCCACCAGGAAGAACAAGCGCGCCCUGCAAGGCGCGGUCCGGAGAGUCCCGCCGUCUGAAACGGACGGAGGGAUGCAGCAGCAACGUGAAAUCAUUCACCCUCAGCAAUCACCCAGAUCCCAAAACGCCCCACGCAACAACGCCGUCGAUCUUACAAGACCUAUUGAAGAUGCAAGACUCAAAGACAGUAAAACCAAACGGCCGCCUGCUUCCUCCGAUACUGCGUCCGAAGCAAGCCCAUCUAAGCGUCUAAAACUGCGGGCAGUGGCAACGAGGCGCAAAUUGACUUGGGCUGAUGCGUUCUGCUGCUCUGGAGGUGCAACAAGAGGCGCUGUCAUGGCCGGAGGUGUGCAAGUGAAGUGGGCAAUGGACCACGAUGAUAAAGCUCUGCUCUCCUUUGCUUCUAACUUUCCAGAGGCGACGCUGUACAACGACAGAGCGCAGGACUUUACUGCGCGCUUGUUUGACAGCCACGUUGACAUUUUGCAUCUGUCACCACCCUGUUCGUACUUCUCUAAUGCGAACUGGAGAAUCGCCGGAUAUGAGAGAGGAGAGACCUUCGAGCGGCCUGAGGAAGGCCUCGCUAGGGAUGAAGAGAAUAGGGCCGCUCUCUUCACCGUCGGACCGAUACUAGAACACUGCCGGCCUCGCGUUAUGAUUCUGGAGCAGACCGAUGGGCUUUUCUACCGCCAUCACCGUUAUUUCUCGGCGCUACUGCGUCAAAUACUGGAUGCUGGCUAUAGCCUCCGCUGGAAGAUUAUGAAGUUUGUGGACUAUGGCAUCCCGCAGGACCGCAAGCGACUGGUCAUCAUGGCGUCUGCGCCAGGCAUUCCAACGCCAGAGUUCCCGAAGCCGACUCACGGUCCUGGGUUGCGGCCCUACGCAACCAUCUAUGAUGCUUUGCAUCGCCCAGAGAUUCCCGUCACUGCCACUCAUCACGACCCGAACACCAUGCCUAGGAAGGACGACCGCUAUACCGACCCGCACAGUUCGAGGGUAAAAACUCUAACAACCACGGGAGGGGUGUUGCAUUACAGUGGAACGAGGAACAAUACACCCCGAGAGCAUGCCCGCUUUUGCGGAUUCCCAGAUAACCACAUGUUUGUCGGCACUAACACGGACGCCUACGCCCAGGCUGGAAACGCCGUGCCCCCGUCCGUGUGGAAGCUCCUUGUACAGUCGGUUAAGAAGACCCUGAAUGAUUUUGAUAGGAACCUCGAGAAUGAACCGGCUGGGUCUGUGACGCCAUCAGGUCACAACACAUUAUCAGACUUCGCUAUAACAACUCCUCAGCGGUCCACCGGAAGUGACAGAGCGUCAUCAGAUGUUGUGGACCAACGUCGUGCUGUGGACAGAAGCGCCAGGCGGGCUCGCUCGAUCUCCCUGGCACUUAGGCCACGAACGCUACGGUCGUCAUCGUCAUCAACAUCGUCUCGGACACUGUCACCGGAGCCUGUGGUUUCAACACCAGGAGAGGGGUCUGGCGGUCGGAGCUCUCGUGCCAAUGAACAUCGGAACGUCAUUAUACUGGACGACUAG